AGACUCCUAUUUUCGGCGACGCAUGUCUCGACUUUGUGGACAUUGACUUCUUAAGCGAGAAAUUUGUAGAUGGGGAGCUGGAUAUCAAAGCUGGGUUUAGAUCGACAUUCGGGAUUAUCUUAAAUUUCAUGGAUAGUCGGAAAGAUAGGCAGAAUCUGGACCUUGUUCUGCGCAAGAUUGCAAGAAUGACCACAACGAGGGCGGGAUUUUGGAGGCACGAUGUUGCAGCAACCGAUUGGGUUUGAAGGGUUCAACUGUUCCUGGUUUGUAAGUGUCAAGGGUUUGCGUUCGAACCACCACACGAAGGUUUGCAGGAAAUUGUGAGCGGGAGUUGAGCGAAAGCUCCGGUCGAGACGUGGGGGCAAGAGCUACGUGUUUGCACUGUUGUGAGAGAUUCAUGGUAGUGCUUUAGGGUUGAGUUUUUUCUGAAGUUUGGUUAUGGAUUUUGGGAAUUUAGCAGUAUAGUCACCGGUUGUGAAAGUCUCGAACGGUGACGUGCAGUCGAGGGGAUUGCGUGUUUAUUUCAUGACUCUCAAGGGACUUUGCUGUUUCGAAUACUUGCGACUCUGAUUAUUGUUUACGUGUUUUACGUAAUGAUCGACGACUUCUAUCAUCGCCGCUGUGCUUGCUCAACAUCAACAGUUUUUUGUACUCGCGCGCUGUCGUGAAAAUGGAUCGCAUUUUAGUGCCUCCAGGUUUCCAGGGGUUUCAAGGGUUUGUGGCUUCAACUUUUUGUUGAUAUUUUCUGAUUUUUGACGAAUGUAGAAGAGCAUAGUGAAGUCUCUUGGGUUGAAUUAUUUGUUGCAGAUCCCUGCAACAGGAAGAACACGGAUCGAGUGGAUUCUAAUGGGUGAAUUUUAAUGGGCAAGUUUGAUACUAGCUGUGUUUUCUUCCCCAAACGUGGCUUUUAACCAGCGACGAACGUGACAAAGUCGAGAUAAUCUGGUUUUUAUUUCAGGUUCAACGGAGUCUAUUCUCUGGAUGAUUGCAAUGGUAAUGUUGCUGAUAACAGGGUUGGUAUUCGUUCUAUUUGACCGAACUGGAUGCGGAGCAAUCUGUGAUGCCAAUCUUCUCUACUCAUCACUGUGACAAUGAAAAGAAAGAGGGAAGCCGAAGUGGAAGGAAGUGACAUCUGCAAACUGGGGUCAGAAUGGGCUUCGAAGAGGCAAAAGUCGUUUGGUACGAAUAAGAAGGCUAUAACAAGCAUGGGUUACAAGUUCAUGAGCAGCAGACCUAGCGUAAGGCGAACCUCCCUCGGAUUUCAUUCUCAGGGCAGUGACUUCGUUUGGGAACCAAGUCACCACAGCAGCAAGACUCCACUAUUUGGAGAGGAAGAGGAAGAUGAAGAGGAGGACUGGAUUUCUCAGAUUGGUGCUCAGUAUAUGAUCCGGAAGAAGCUAUACGAGACUCGGGGUCCUUUGAGCAGCUGCAGCGCUUACUUCUCCCCAAGAGAACAUGAAGAAGAGUUAGAUAACGAGUUGGACGAUUCCUGGAUUGCGGAUUUUGGGAUGCGUUGGAUGAAGCGUCGGUAUCGGACGAGAAGGGGCCAAUAUAAGUUUCACGACGAUGCGUGGCUCUGUGAGUUGGGGUUCCAGUGGAUGGAUAGAGUUCGUGAGCGGGAGCACUCAACCCGAACCUGGCUGUCGGACUUAAGCUCUCUGUACAUGACGCGACGGAAACAGGAAACAGAUCGUGUCGUUGAUAAAUUUGGUUCAGGAUGCAGAGAUCAUGUGCAGCUUGCAGAAAGAUACAGGGAUAACCACGAAAAGGAUUCUUUUUGGGAGACGAAGCGAAAGCUUCAGUAUUCGGACCAAGGAGCUGAAUUGAAUAAUAGACUUAAUCCAAAUGUUGGGUCAGAGGAGGUGUCAGAGGUUGAGUCCCAAGGUAAGCACGAGGUGGAUCAUCGGGUGGACGAUCUGAACGCUUCAGAGUCUCUGUCUGUGCAGAGCAGCCGGACUGGUGUUCUGGACGAGCUCCAAGUCGCCUUUAGACAGCCUUCAAAUAUAGCAGUGCAGGAGGCCAAAUUUAAGGAGGGGGAAAAACCUGGUGGGUCUGAAUUUGGGGAGGAAAGGGGAGAAGUGGAUGCUUCUGAUGGGUUUCAAGUGUUGGAAUUCGAUCCUCAAGGAGACCUUGAGGUGGCUCAAUAUGUGGACCUUGAUGAAUGCAGUUCAAAUUCUUCUUAAACUAAUGUUGAUUGUUUGUAGAAAUCACUGAAACUUCAUAAAGCGCUGGAUGCUGGUUGGUGAAGGCAA